AUGUCCCAAAGAGGUACCAACAAUCAAGGUAAUACAUGGCAUCACAAAGGUGAUGGUGUAGGUGAUGGUGGUAACUACCAUUACUCAAACAAAGAUAAUUCAUAUUUCUAUCAGAAUUCCGAUGGAUCAAGAUAUUAUAACGACGUGGAUCCAACAACUACUCAAGAAGAUAAACAAGUUGCCACUUCUUCUCGUUUGCCUUUAAGUACGUCAAACAAAGACCACAACAACAAUAUCAUUAAAAUACAUCAACAAACAUAA